CGAUAACCGCCCCUCCGCCCGCCACUCAAAAGAUCUCAUCUUCCCCCAUAGACCAGUCAAAGUGGGGUCAAGUCUCUACUUUUUUGCGACAAACCUUCGAAAAGCAUCAGUUUCGAUCAUCGAUAAUAAACGACAUAUCCGACACGUACCGGAAAGCCCGUGCCACCGAGAAAAAGAAACAGGCGAUCCAAAAAAUAAAAAUGAUGUCCAUGACAAGGAGAAUGAUGGACAAUGUCGUGCCCAUAGACGAAUCCUCGCCCAUAUGGGCCGACUUUGCUCCUUCAGCCGAGGCUAUGAUGGAGCUCGUCACAAACCCGUCCACACUCUCAACGGACAGAUGGAUCGAAAAGGGGGUGUUGAAGAGGUGGACUCGCGACUCGGUGGUAAUACCGGAUUACCAAAAGUUCUACACACGCUUGUGCCGCAUGUCGAAGGUCCGAUACCGAGAAGUGUAUCGGCAGUAUAUUCAGAAAUAUGGACCAGACAUGGCAUUUGCCGUCGUCCACGCCACUUCUUGGGGAGAAGGGGAGGCGGCUCUAGACGAGAUGAACUGGGUGCUACAGGGUACAGGUUUCCCAACCUUGGAUAUACCUCUUGCCACCGUGGCAAUCCACCCCGACUCUGACCACGUGGUCAUUAUCUACAAUGGGACAACUUCGAACUCGCCUUGCCAUCAACUGACGCUCGAAGACGAAUGGGAAUCUGUGGAGUGGCUCUCGUUAAGAGCUCCAAUCGCCUCGCUACUUGCUUUUCGAACAGACAAGCAUGUUGGGGAUAAGGAAGCGGUGUUAACGGAGUUAUUUCCUUUGGCCCUCAACAGCGCAGAAGGGGGUUGGGUUUCUGAACCUAUCAUUGACGAAGAUGUGGCUCAGGCGGUCAUCAAAGCUAAAACACAGAUCUCGGACGAUAUUCAAUUAGACGAUCCAGCUGGCCUCAAGAGUAUCCUAGAAGAAAUGAUUUCACGGGAGGAAGAGCUCUUUCGGGAGGUCCACGACGAAGUGAGGAAGACCCACGACGAUCGCGUGUUAGGGCGAGUGAUAUCACGACAGGGUGUGGAGUUUGUACGACACGAACUCACAACCCAUCUCCGCAUCGUCAACGGCACGGCGACAUCGCUAAUGGUCUUAAAGGACCUUCCCCGUGCCGCGCAACGAGGCGUCCUUGGGACAUCCAUAGAAGCGCCUGAGAUUGGACGGGGGAUGGCGUCAUAUCGUCGACACUGGGAGGCGCUGUCAGCGCUGAUUGAAAAAGGGAUGGACUAUCAAAUGCUUCGUCACAAACAAGGCCCUUUACUAGACUUUUGGAAGUUUAUUGAAAAACACACGCUGAAGGGACUUUUAAUCCCAAUACUUUAUCUCUAUUUGAAGACAAUCAGUCCGAAUAUGAUUCUCGGCCACAGCUCCACCAUCUCCCAAAUCUUUCAAUCUGGAUCCCUUGUUUGGACUCCAAGAGAUCUGGGCAUUGAAUCAAUGACCGGUCCAGAAGGCCUCAACCAUCUCCACGGCGGUAUAGUUCAGGAUCCAUGCGUGAGCGAAGCGCAAAGACCUGCGCUAGAUAAGGGGUUAAAGGAUCGUCUGGGGACAUUUCGCAUAAUAAGAUAUGGACCAGGAGCGAUGGAUUGCGCCAAUCUCCUCAUCAAUCACGAUGCCGGUGCUGGCUUUUACCGGCAGUACCUACCGAAGGAUUAUUCACGCCUAACCACUUUAUUAAAAGCAAAACACAUGGUCUGUCAAGGCGUGACAGAGGAUUAUACCGGGAAAUAUCCCAAACCAAACGAGUUGCAAGAGAAGGUGGCCUUACUGAAAAAAAUACGCCACAGAGUAGAAGAAAUCGUAGCCCAAUCGGGGUUGGGGGGCCUUUUGGCGACAGAAAUCUCCCGGCACUACGAAGAGGAGAUGGCCUUUGAUACACUCUCACGGCUCACUAGUGAUGGAGAUGACAAAUCGACUAACGACGACACUGAGGAUGAGGAGAGUCGUACCACAAGGGGGAACAAGGUGGUAGGAAUAGAGGCGAGGCGAUAUCACGGACCUCGUGCGAAAGGUCUGCCUCGAUCCGCAGAGAGGAAAACGCAGCUCUUGCAGCUCCAAGAAGACGAAGAAGUGGCCAAAAUGAUGGAAAUAGACCAACCACUGCUGUGGAGAGGACUGCGCCCUAGUGAUCCCGAGUUUGAGACGAGAUUUAUGAUGGUGAAGGAAGGGUUCUCUAUCCUUCGGUCAUCAAACGGCUUUGGGAGAACUGAAAAGGGGAUCCAAACAAGGGAAGAUGAGGGAAAAAAGAUUGCUCAAUGGAACAAGGAUAAGGCCGUGGUCGAUAGGGAGAACGAAGCGGCAGAGUUUGGGGGCAGCUGGACUGCCGCCGAACAAUACAAGAUGUUGACUCUUGUUGAAAAGACCGUAACUCGAAACACUGGUGCGAUCCAUACUCUAAAGCGACUCCCAUAUCGAGGACUUUUUUUCCAAGAAUACGAAUGGAUCAUCCACCUGGGUGACGCGCUGAAUCAUUCUGGCCUCUCGGGACUCGCAAAAGACAGAAUCAUGCGAGAAUUCGACCUGCAGGCCGUCAUGGUUUCCGCCAUUUGGACGACAACCCCGAUGCAACUCGAGCGAUUGAUGGCAUGGGACGCCAUUUUGAAGGUCCAAUGCGUUGGGAUUGACCCAUUGGACGCGGCUAUCAACCAUGGCUACGCCCCUGAGGUCGAUGCCAGGUCCAAAUACGAGGACGGAAAGACUCAAUACUGGCCUGAACAGUUUAUUGCCCAGGGAUGCCUAAAGUCGCUCAAAUCACGAAACGUCCAAACUCUGACCUGUCUCCGUUGUGGGACCUUCAAAAUGAACACGGUCCUUUACGAUGUAGAAGAACUCAAAAAGCACUUGCCCUGUAACAGAAAUGUUACCGGAAAGAAAGAGUCUCGAUGCCGGACAUUGGGGGAAGAUGAGAUCUUUUGA